UGAAGUUGAACUAGUUUAUGUUUGAUAAAAAAUAUACAAAUAGACAUUUGGGAGCCUUUCUGUUGGAGUUUUUGGGUUUUGUUGUUCUCCCUUUAAAUCUCAUCACAUUUGUAAGAUUCCUGGGAUUGUAGUCAUAAUUGUCAAUUAUUUGGUAGCUAGUGACUGGUGACUGACUUGGCUGCAAAACACUUGGUAAUGAUAAUUUCUUCAUGUGUCUGUAAUCAACAUGUUAGAUAUAACUGUUGUAUAUCUGUGUUUAGCAAAUCAAUGGGAGUGAUGAACGGAAUGCUUGGGAAGGAACCAUUUCCAUCAGAUGGCAAUCUGAAGUUAUAUCGUUGUGAUGUCUGUGGGAGAAGCUUUGCACCAGAUGUUCUGGAAAGGCAUGGGCCAAUAUGCAAAAGACUUUUCAACAAAAAACGUAAGCCUUUCAAUUCCUUGAAGCAAAGAUUACAAGGCACUGACAUUCUCACAGUCAGAGAGUCUCCUGAUACCAAGAUGCUACCCGUGAAGAAAUCUAAUUGGAGACAACAACAUGAAGACUUUAUUAACACAAUUCGAUCAGCCAAGCAGUGUAUGUUAGCCAUUAAGGAAGGCCGUCCUCUUCCUCCUCCACCCCCUCCAACUAUCAACCCAGAUUAUAUUCAAUGUCCUUACUGCAUGAGAAGGUUUAAUGAAACUGCAGCAACGAGACAUAUUAAUUUCUGCAAGGAUCAGGCAUCCCGCCGAGUUUUUAAUCCAUCCAAGACAGCAGCCAAACUAGCAUCCAAGGGUCAGAACAAACCUCAAAUGAUUUUCAAAAAAGAAUCAAACGUAACGAGUACUAUGGGAACAUUACUUCCGAACAGGAUAGUGGACCCCUCAAGGGACCAAACUACCGAAACAGCUUUAGAAUCCAUGAGUAAUUUGAGGCUCCCUCCCAUUUUUUUGUACUUUGAAAGCUCUGGAAAAAAGAAAAAAAAAAAAGGCUGGACCAUUUGUUGUCACUCUCAUUCCAAGAUCAUCCUCAAAGGCAAGAACUGGAUUAAAAGUCAAGAAAGCAAUGAUCUCCAAAAAAAAUUAAGUCCUUUAAUUAAGAUUGACCUCUAUAGAAGAUCACUUGCCCCUCAGCAUCCUCUGUGGCUGCCUUGAUAUUAAGCAAGUAUUACUUAAUUAAGGCCAAAGAACCACAGAUUUCCAUUUGCAUUCCUAUUAUUCAACUUGGAAUACCACUCAAAAUGUGCAUGUUUAAAUGUAAUGAUUAAAACAAUGACUCCAAA